AUGGGAGUUUCCCCCAGCUUCUUCACCAUCGUCUACAUACACCCGCGGGCCAGCAUCUCGGCAGCCACACAGCUGAUCGCAGAGGCAACUAACAGACUCGAUGCCAUCUCACCCGACGCACCUAAAUUUAUUCUAGGAGACUUUAAUCAGUGCCAGAUACACAGGACUCUGAAGACGUCCCUGCCCAUGCCUCUCUUUGGAGCGUCUUACCACAGCAGUGUCCUGCUGAUGCCGAUCUACAAACCCAUCUGUAAGAAGCAAGCGCAUACAGUAAAAACAUUUGUCAGGUGGUACUCAGAGUCGGCUCGAUGGUUGGUGCUUAACGGUCGGUCUGAGGACGCGUUAAAGAGUCUUCAACGAGUCGCUCGAGUCAACGGGAAAACAGAGACCAUCGACAAGUUGACGGUGGAGGUUCUUCACUCUCACAUGAAGAAGGAAAUCGAGUCGAGUCGUUCUUCGUUGACGGCGUACGACCUGCUGAGGACACGAGGGAUAAGACGGAUCUCCAUCUGUCUGCUCGCUGUCUGGUUCUCCACCAGCUUUGCGUACUAUGGGAUUGCGAUGGAUCUUCAGAAGUUUGGGGUGAGUAUCUACCUGAUCCAGAUCAUCUUUGGAGCUGUUGAUAUUCCCGCCAAAAUUCUGGCUGUGGGCAUGCUCACUUACCUGGGGAGGAGGGUCACUCAGGCCACCUGUCUCUUUAUGUCCGCCCUCGUCAUCUUCGCCAACAUCUUCGUCCCCACAGACAUGCAGAACACAAGGACGACGUUGGCGUGUCUCGGUAAAGGUUUCACCUCAGCAUCCUUCACCACCGUCUACCUGUUCACCGGAGAACUCUACCCCACCGUCAUCAGGCAGACAGGAAUGGGCUUUGUGUCAACCAUGGCAAGAGUCGGCAGUAUGGCGGCCCCCGCCGUCCUAAUCCUGGACGAGGUGUUCCCUGCUCUGCCCAGUGUGGUAUACGGGGGGGCUGCUGUGCUGGCCGGCUGCUUUGCCUGUUUCCUGCCAGAGACGCUGAACGUGCCACUGCCUGAAACCAUCAAUGACGUGGAGGAGAAAUGGUCUAGGUUACGCCCCGCCCCCAGACGGGAAGAAGGCGUGUCUUUAAAAGAGGGUGGUGACUCGUGUGUUGGGGGCAUGGUUUCUGCUGAAAGCGUUGCUUUAAAAGAGCUGAAGGAGGCAGAAGGGAUCGGACUGAACGCCCUCUGAACAAGUAGACGGCUGGAUGGAUCUUGGACCAAUCAGAUGGCUGGACAGAAGCUGGACCAAUCAGACAGCUGAAGUCGUUAAUAAUGAACCAAUGAGAAUCAGAUGAAUGACAGGUCUCACUGGAAGUAGAAAUUAAUUAGAUAAAACGUUUCAGAUGUAAACAUCUUCUGAUCAGUCUGAUUAUUGAUUAUUAAUCAGAUGUUUGUUCACAGCAGCAGUGAUGUUUAGUUUCUGUCGAUCAAUAACCGACCUAAUAAAACUGAUUAAUAUCAGACAA